AUGCUGAGGGCAAGCUGUGGAGACUGCAGCCCUCCCUGCCCUGAGUUGGGUUCCCAAAUCCUGGAUGGCACCAUCUGGGGCGGCGCUCGGGGCAUUUGUUCGCUGCGCUGGUGUUAUGUGAAGGGCCCCAAUGCUUGGAACCGGUGCGAGGACGUUUUGGAGGAUUUGCUGACGCCACGUCCAGUUCAUCAUCGCAUGCUGGUAUCUAUGAACAUCCCCUACAGCUGGGUGAACCAUUCAGCUGCAUAUGACUUUCAUGGGUAUCGCGAUGGGUUGCUGCGCGCCAUGCGAGAAGAUGUGGUGCAGGAGCUCCAGGUGAAAAACUUCGAUGUCGUCCACAUGGACCUUCUUGAGGAUCCGCAGGGGAACGAGAAAGCUUCCACUCUGGAGCUCAUCUUCCACUUUCCCACUGCCCACGACGCCUCUCGAGCCUUGAGCUUGGCCCAAGACCACACCUGGCACUUCGGACGAGCAGCUCAACAUGCCAAGCUGCCUGAGCCGCUGAGGGCGCUGCUCACGCAGAUGGAAGAGCUGGACACGGCACAGGUUGCUUAG